AGCCCUCUGCUGUGCUGUGGCCCCGCCCCUUCCCUCCGUCGUAGCCCCGCCUCCUGGGCGUGUCCCGUCUCGCAGUGGGCGGGGAGCUCCCAUGGUGCCCCGCGGCGCGGCGUGGAUUUUAAACGGCGGCAGCCAAUGGGCAUCGCCCGUAACGCCCCGGCCCCGUUUGAAUCGCGCGGCGCCCCUGCUCCGCACCCGCCAUGAGCGCGGCCGGCCGGGCGGCGCGGCCCGCGGGCCCUACGGCCCCCAAGGAGGUGCCCAAAGUACUGGUGGAUCCACGGAGCCGCCGCAGCUUCGUGCGCGGGCGGUUCCUGGGCAAGGGCGGCUUCGCGCGGUGCUACGAGCUGGCUGAGAGCGAGAGCCGCGAGGUGUUCGCGGGGAAGGUGGUGCCCAAGUCGCUGCUGGUGAAGCCGCAUCAGAAAGAGAAGAUGUCCAUGGAGAUCGCCAUCCACCGCAGCCUCGCCCACCGGCACGUCGUCGGCUUCCACGGCUUCUUCGAGGACGCCGACUUCGUCUACGUCGUCUUGGAGCUCUGUCGCCGCAGGUCGCUGCUGGAGCUGCACAAGCGUCGGAAGGCACUGAGCGAGCCUGAGGUGCGGUACUACCUGCGCCAGACCAUCCUGGGCUGCCAGUACCUGCAUGAGCACCGUGUCAUCCACCGUGAUCUCAAGCUGGGCAAUCUCUUCCUCAGUGACGAUAUGGAGGUGAAGAUCGGUGACUUUGGCCUGGCCACCAAAGUGGAGUACGAUGGUGAGCGCAAGAAAACCCUGUGUGGAACCCCCAACUACAUCGCCCCAGAGGUGCUGGGCAAGAAGGGGCACAGCUUUGAGGUGGACAUCUGGUCCAUCGGCUGCAUCAUGUACACUCUGCUUGUGGGGAAACCGCCUUUUGAAACAUCUUGCCUAAAAGAAACCUACAUCCGAAUCAAGAAGAACGAGUAUACGAUUCCCAAGCACAUCAACCCUGUAGCUGCUAACCUCAUCCAGAAGAUGCUGAGGUCUGACCCUGCCACGCGCCCCACUAUCAACGAGCUGCUGAACGACGAGUUCUUCACAUCGGGCUACAUCCCCAGCCGCUUGCCCACCAGCUGCCUCACUGUGGCACCUCGGUUUUCAAUCGCUCCCAGUGCCCUGGAGCCGAGUGGGCGGAAGCCACUGUCCGCACUUAACAAAGGACCAGACAGCCCCGCGCCAGAGAACUUACCUGAAAAGGAAGAUGUAGCCGGGCUGCGGGAGCUGGGGGAUGCUGUCGACUGUCACUUAGCUGACAUGCUCCAGCAGCUGACUGCAGUCAACUCGGCCAAGCCCUCCGAGAAGGUGGCUGUGAGACAAGAAGAAGCUGAAGACCCAGCAUGCAUUCCCAUCUUCUGGGUUAGCAAAUGGGUGGACUACUCAGAUAAAUACGGUCUAGGUUACCAGCUGUGUGACAACAGCGUUGGAGUGCUCUUCAAUGACUCCACACGUCUUAUUAUGUACAACGACGGGGACAGCUUGCAGUACAUCGAGCAGAAUGGCACAGAGUCCUACUUCACUGUGAGAUCCUACCCCUCUGCCUUGAACAAGAAGAUAACACUACUGAAAUACUUCCGGAACUAUAUGAGCGAGCACUUGCUGAAGGCGGGUGCUAACAUCACGCCACGGGAAGGAGAUGAGCUGGCCCGUUUACCCUACCUCUGCACUUGGUUCCGGACCCGCAGCGCCAUCAUCCUGCACCUCAGCAAUGGCACUGUGCAGAUCAACUUCUUUCAGGACCACACCAAAGUCAUCCUGUGCCCCCUCAUGGCUGCUGUCACGUACAUAGAUGAGAAACGGGACUUCCGCACAUACAAGCUGAGUCUCAUCGAGGAACACGGAUGCUGCAAGGAGCUGGCCAGCCGGCUCCGCUAUGCUCGCACCAUGGUGGAAAAGCUCCUUGGUUCAAAGUCUGCCUCAAAUCGGGCAAAAUCCUCUGCUUAGACC